ACCAAAAUAAAUAAAUUAUUUUAAUUUAUUCUAAGAUUUUAAUAUAUCUAAUAUAUAAUAUAUAUGUAAUAUUAAAAAAAGGAAGUGGUGUUGUGGUUAGUUAUGUUAGUAAAAAUUUACAAUGUUAUGUAUAUCGGCAAACUUGUAUAUAAACACGGAUCAUGCAACAAUAUUUUUUUUAAUUUAAUUUACAUCUAAAUGAAGCUGAAAAAGAAAUUAUUAUAUCUAAGAUAUGAUUAUAGAAAUAAAAUUUAAUUUUUCUAUUAUCGUCUGAGAUUGUGUUUAUUAUUAUUUAACUACUGAUUUUUUAAACAACUAAGUAAACUUUGUACUUUGUCAUCAGGCGAUAAUUUACACCGACGUUCAGUUUUAAUUACCAUUUGCUUAUUGACAUUAAUAUAGUAAAAUUUAAUUGUAAAGAAUGAAUACUGUUUAGUGAAAAUGGGGAAGAACAAUCUAUUCAAUUAUGAAACAUUAGUGCAUGCAACGGCAGGAGCUGCAGGAAGUAUUCUUGCUUCUGCAUGUAUUUAUCCUUUGGAUAUACUUAAGUUUCGAAUGCAAACUAAUGAAUCAACUUUAUUGGAUAAAUCAACAUUGCAAGCUUUAUAUUAUUUACUACAAGAAGAAGGAAUUAAAUCAUGGUACAAAGGAAUCAAGCCAGUAUUAACAUCUCAAGGUAUAUCAAACUUCAUAUAUUUUUAUACAUUUAAUGGAUUGAAAACAGUUCUCCCUAAAAACUGUGAAAUAACAUCAAAAGUAGACCUUGCUCUAAGUAUAGCAGCUGGUAUAAUAAAUGUAGCUUUAACAACACCUUUAAAUGUUGUGAAUAACAGACUGAAGGAUAACUCUGAGAAAUGCUAUUCAGGACUUUUAGAUGGUAUGCUGCAUAUUGCAAGUACUGAGGGUGUUGAUAGCUUGUGGUCUGGAUUUGGAGCGUCAUUAUUGUUAGUAGCAAAUCCCGCCAUACACUUUACAGUUUAUGAAACUUUGAAAAGGAGAGUUAAUGUAAAGUCAGCUACUACUUUUUUCUUAUUGGGUGCUAUAUCAAAAUCAGUUGCUACUGUAGUGACAUAUCCUCUCCAGUUGGUGCAAACAAGGCAGAGAUUAAACAAAAAGCAAAAUGUGCACACAUUGGCAUUGUUAUUGUCAAUUAUUAAAAGGAAUGGUCCAGGAGCACUGUAUCAAGGUUUGGAAUCCAAAUUGAUACAAACAGUAUUGGGUGCUGCUAUUAUGUUUAUGACAUAUGAAAAAAUCGCUCAAUAUGUUCUUAUGUUGCUGUUAAGCAAAAGAAAUAAGAUCUAAAAACUGUACUGAUAUUAUGAGACUGUAGUCUCAUAGGAACGUUUCACUUCACAAAAUGCCAAAAUAUUGCCAAAAUGUACAAACACUUUUUGCCAAAUUUUUGUUUGUUAAAAUGCAUUAUUAUUAAUGGAUGGUGUAAGCACCUUAAACAUUGUUAUGUUGUUGUUAUUCUUUUUAUCUAAAUUAACAUUGAAAUCUGUUAUGUUUUUAUUUGAUCAAAAUGUUUGUAUUUUUGUAAAGUCAAUAAAAGAAAUUGUUCACUA